AUGCUCUCCGGAGGAGAUCUAGAUCUCCAACUAGCGCUGACCUUGCUGCUGGCUCUCUUUGAAUGGGAAUCAGGUAGCGUGGAGGCAUGCUUUAUGCACAUAACAGGUGCUGAUGCUCUUUCGCUCACCUCACACGAUCAAAUCAGCAAGACAUCGUCCGGUUUACGGCUCCUCGGCAGCUGGGCAGAGAUGCGAACGCAGAAAAAUGGACAUAAGCUACCAUUUAGGCCCCUUGAUGAGGAGCUCAUCGGUGACCGAACCACACAGACAAUGAUACUCUCAAAACGGAUCGCCGGCCACAGUAUCCCCAGUCUUUCUUUUCUUCUUACCGAGGCUUAUUGUUUGCGUAACCGCUUGGUAUUGCAGAGCUGCAUGAACCUGAACGGUAUUGAUAGUGAAAGUACUCUUCGAAUCUGCAGGGCCUGGUACUCGCGUGCUUUCGAUUUCACCUUCGAAGAGUAUCCAGAAACAGAGGUCCAUAGCACAUUGAGCCUUGAAGACCUCUUAUUUAGACUUUCUACGACACGAUGGCUGCUAGAAGAAUGGCGCGCCGCUCUUCCCGCAAAAGCGCUCCCAUCACCGCUCCAAACCUCAGUUAUCUAUACUCUUCGACCCACUCGUUUACAUCCUGCACCGGUCCUUCAGCUUACCCGUUUCAUAUUCCAGGAAUGCGGGGCUGCAAUCCAAUUUCUUCGAUAUCAAAUCGGGUGCUUCCUGUCAUCCCGCGAUAUCCUAGACUCUUAUCUAACUCGCAGUCGACCACCUCUUCCGAAUGAGCCAUUGGGCCCUGAAGCAACACUGAUUUUGUCUAUCAUCGAGAGCUUAGACCCAUCGGAAGACAGUCUGCACUACACCUUCGAUGAGGGCAUCCUGUGGAUCUUGAACGUCCUUCCUGUCUGCAUCCCGGAUAUUCGCGUCACUUCCUACCUUCUAGAUAUCAUAUUGCCACGACUUGAGCAUUAUGGAAGCUUCAAGCCUCUGCUAUUCGACUUGAAAACUAGACAGAUGCUCGUCGGUAUUCAUUCCGAAAUCGAGGCUGGCCGGUUGCCUUUGCUUUACGACCCGAAUGUAUUGAUAACUGAUGACAUUGCGUUGAAUAAUAACCGUCUGGGGAGCAAAGCGGCGGUUUUGGGGCGCACCCUUGAAGGCGGAUCUUUUCAAGACGUGGUGGAGCUACCGCCAGUAGCUGUUUCUCGAGGGACCUUCAUUCAAUAA